CCUUUCUUCUUCUUUCGGCGGUGGAUGAAUGGAGGAAGGUGAGCGGACUCUGAUCAGAGGGAGACUCACGGAGGGAAUCCGAGAGAAUGUGGGGCCAGCAACAUGGACAGGGAAGGUGGGAAGCCCGUGGCUGUUGUCGCAGUUGUGACUGAGCCUCGAUUUACCCAGCGAUACAGGGAAUAUCUCGAGGAGCAGAAACUUCUGGAUAGACAGCACCGCGUGGAAAAGCUGCCGGAUGGCACCGUGGCGCUCCCCGUGCUGGGAGAGGCCGUCCCUGAGCAGCACCUGCGGGAGCUGAGGAAUCGUGUGGCCCCAGGCAGCACCUGUAUGGUAAUGCAGCUCCUGGAUCCUGUUCCUUCAAAGAAGGCCCAGGGUUGUUCACCUGCCCAAAGGCUGUGUCUUGAGGUGAGUCGCUGGGCAGAGGGCCGGGGAGUGACGUGGUCAGCGGAGUUGGAGGAUGAUUUGCCCCGAUCUUGGCAACGGCAUGGUAACCUCGUGUUGUUGAGUGCGGACUGUUUCCAAGCCAAGCAAUGGAAAAAUCUGGAACCAGAACUCUGGAAGACUGUUGCCUCGGCACUUGGCGUCCAGCGUUUGGCCAAACGAGGGCGGGUAUCACCGGAUGGUACUCGAACUCCAGCAGUGACUCUGCUGCUGGGUGACCGUGGCUGGGUGGAGCAUGUGGACAAUGGAAUCCGAUAUAAGUUUGACGUGACCCAGUGCAUGUUCUCCUUCGGAAACAUCACUGAGAAACUUCGAGUGGCAUCGCUGCCCUGUGCUGGAGAAGUGCUGGUGGAUCUCUAUGCAGGGAUUGGUUAUUUUACAUUGCCAUUCCUAGUUCAUGCUGGUGCUGCUUUCGUCCAUGCCUGUGAGUGGAACCCCCAUGCUGUAGUCGCUCUGAGAAAUAACCUUGAGAUCAAUGGAGUAGCAGAUCGGUGCCAGAUACACUUUGGGGAUAACAGAAAACUAAAGCUCUCCAGUAUUGCAGACAGGGUGAAUCUGGGACUGAUUCCCAGCUCUGAAGAAGGCUGGCCCAUUGCCUGCCAGGUGCUACGACAGGAUACUGGGGGCAUUUUGCAUAUCCACCAAAAUGUGGAAUCUUUCCCAGGGAAGAAUCUUCAGCCUCUUGGAAGCAAUGAAGUGGAGAAGGAGGAUUGGCCUUAUCCUCAGCAAAUUACCACCAACCAAUGGAAAAAUGGGGCCACCAGGGAUUCCAGGAGAAAAAUGCUGUCUGCAGCCACCAAGCCAGAGUGGCAAAGGUGGGCGGAAUCUGCAGAAACUCGCAUUGCCACUCUGCUUCAGCAGGUGCAUGGGAAACCGUGGAAGACACAAAUCCUGCUUAUCCACCCAGUGAAAUCCUAUGCUCCCCAUGUGGAUCACAUAGUCGUCGAUCUGGAAUGCCGCCCCUGUCCUCUAGUUGGCUAGAGAAGGUGGCUCGUGAGACACAAGGAUCUACGUUUUUCUGCGAGCACUUGCUGGAUUGGCCUGGUCAGGAAGAGGCAUCUAAUGGAACCAAGGAAAAAAGUCCGAAAGGGUCAGGAGGCGUAUGGAGUCCUUGUCACCUCAAUCCAGGAAUCUGUAAAAGCUCUAAAGGCUUCCUUUGUGAGUUUCAGUAUUAGUUCCCAGUUAAUGCUCCCACUUAAUGGAGAUGUGGUUAAAAACAAUAAUAAUUUUAUUAAACUCCCUCAACCGUGA